AAUAAAUAUCACGACCGCCGCUGCCUCGAGUUUGAUAAAAGUUUUCGUUUUUGUUCUUCAAUUCUCAGCCGAUUGCAUUAAUAAGUCGGUGAUUUCAAUGGACACGAAUAACAUUAUGAUCUCUCUCGGUCUAUCUGUGUCGGAUCAUAACAUGUUCAUUGUUCAUAGGGAAACCACUCUGGCUGUCAGCACGUUGGCUAUUGAUCUUGUGGAUGAAGCAUGUGCAAAUGUGAGGGUACAAUUAGACAGUCAGAAGACUGAAGAAAUCGAUAAUCUUGAAAGGAAACGGAUGCAGUUGGAGGUUGAGCUCCAUGCUUUAGAGAAGGAAACAGAUACAGCAAGCAAAGUUCGACUUGUUGAAGUUAAAAAAGAACUUAAUGAUUUGAGAGUAAUCACCAAAGAACAUGCCGAUAGUCGAUAAGCUGUGAGGUAUCUAGUAGAAGAAUACUAUUGGGGACACACCUACUAGUAUUAAUAAAUAAACUUAUUGUGUAACAAGAUCAAUGAAGAGAUCAAAAGCGACAAAUCUUGGUAGCAAUGAUAAGUUUAUAAAGCCUUCAAAUAAAAAAUUACAAUGCAUGAACAUGAACUUAUAAUAGAGAUGCCAAUGUAAAGAAGUACCAAAUAGGAAGGAGAUAGAGUUAACUUUGCAACAGGAGAAGUCUUCAAGAUUCCUCUACACAAAAAGAAGUAGAAAUUCAAAUGUUAAGAAAUCAGUGGACACAAUGUCUGAAGAUCAACCUUUUUCAGGAUGGUUCCUAACUACUCUCUAGUCAACAGGUGUCUUCGAAGGGACAUGCCAUUUACAGUUAUAUCAUCUGAGAGCUGAAAUCAAGGAUCAGUUGGAGACUACUUGUUUUUUUAUAAAACAUUUGAUGGAAAUGAUUUCAUAGAAGGACAGACGGGGAGCGUUUGAAACAAUGUCUUCUAUUGUGGACUGCCUCAAUCCAUGUUUGAUUAUAACGUGUUGAUUGUUCAUAGCGUUUUGAAUUUUUCUUUAUAUAGUCAUUUGAUAUA